AUGGCGACCCUCCUCCGGCGAUCCGCCGCCCCCGCGCGGCAGCUCCUCCUCCUCCCCCGCCAGUUCGGCGCCGCCCGCUCCAUGUCCCGCUACUACGCCCGCGACGAGGUCUCCCGGUUCGACGCGCUGAGCACGCCGGUGAACUGGGGCGUCAGCAUCGUGCCGGAGAAGAAGGCCUUCGUGAUUGAGCGCUUCGGCAAGUACCUCAGGACGCUCGGCUCCGGGAUCCACGGCCUCGUACCCCUCGUCGACCGCAUCGCCUACGUCCACUCCCUCAAGGAGGAGGCCAUCCCCAUCCCCGACCAGUCCGCCAUCACCAAGGACAACGUCUCCAUCCAGAUCGACGGCGUCCUCUACGUCAAGAUUGUUGAUCCCUACCUUGCUUCCUAUGGCGUGGAGAAUCCUAUUUUCGCAGUCAUCCAACUUGCGCAGACAACCAUGAGAAGUGAGCUUGGAAAGAUAACCUUAGACAAGACCUUUGAGGAGAGGGACACACUGAAUGUGAAGAUUGUGAUGUCUAUAAAUGAGGCGGCGUCGGAUUGGGGGCUGAAGUGUCUCCGUUACGAGAUCAGGGAUAUAUCUCCUCCUAUCGGUGUGAAAAAAGCUAUGGAGAUGCAGGCAGAGGCAGAAAGGAGGAAGAGGGCGCAGAUUCUUGAAUCCGAAGGUGCUAUGCUGGAUCAGGCUAACCGAGCGAAGGGUGAGGCUGAAGCAAUUCUUGCCAGGUCACAAGCUACUGCUGAAGGGAUCAGAAUGGUCUCUGAGUCCAUGAGUGCAGAAGGCAGCACUGAGGCUGCGAACCUGAGAGUCGCUGAACAGUACAUAAAAGCGUUCGCUGCCCUGGCCAAGAAUACGACAACCAUGAUCCUCCCAAGUGAUGCUGGCAACCCAUCAGCUAUGAUAGCCCAGUCUCUGAACAUAUACAAGCACAUCUUCAAGUCCAGCGGCCCAAAAGAAGGGAGGCCCCAGGAAGAAGCAGCUGAGGAAGCAGACCAAACUUCUGUGACCAGCGGGAUGCCACCUCUCGGUGCGCAAUCUGACCAUGGCAGCGGGUUCUCGCUCCAGAGGGGCAGAAGUCCCCAAAAUUGAUCAGUUCAAGUACCUCAAGGAACCCUUUUUUGUCCCAUCUGUUCGUUUCCCAAAUGAUGGUGUUAGAUAGGGAGGGUAUCACUGAAAACACUAGCAGCAUUAGAGGUUUCGAACUUAGGCAGUUGAUUCAAGAGAUGUUGAGUUGGUUUAGUAGGAUAAUUGAGACGACAUUGGUUAUGUGGGCGCCAAAUGUGUGGAGGCUGGGCGACUGAGGGUUUUGACGACCUAGGAUGAAUGCUUCUUUGGGUUUAAGUCUGAACUUUUUAAACCCUUACUUUCGUUCUCAUCAGCAGCAAGUAUUUUCUGUAAAUGAAUGAUUGUCGUUCACGAAACUAGCUGAUGGCGAAGUUUCUUUGCAUCUUUUGAUUUCUGUGUUCUGCUUGGAAGAUAACUUCUGUCAUAACCAGGUCUGUUUCCUCAAUA